AGAAAAAACAAUAAACACCAGCCCCUCCCCCUUUUUGCAGUAUUUUAGGGGUGGGGCUGCAUUGAGUUCUUCAUUGACAUUGUGCAGACUGCAAGAUAGAGACUCGACUCAGAGUCGCCACAAUGGGAGUCACCAAGCUGCUUGUUCCUAUGGUUGUCCUUGUGCUGGUCAUCAACCCAACACUCUGCCAGGUCGAACCAGACACUAUGGACAACGUCGUCCCCAUUCAAGAGCCUGCUUUUCUUCUGGGUGUGCCCGGUCGUCCUGUGCAAAGUUCUGGAGGCCGUAUCUCUAUGACAUGUGUGGCGUACGGUUCACCCGCCCCCACCAUUGUUUGGAGCUCAGACUCCCAAGAAAUCGAUAACUACGCCAGUUUGAAUAACGCCAAAACUAAUGUCUACACUACUGUCAUCAAGGAUCCCAGUGGACUGCCUGUAGUGGUGUCAGUGCUAGAGCUCUGUGCUGCUACCUACAACGAUUCUCUUGUGAUGGACUAUCGGUGUACGGCCACUAACUCUCUCUCGGGAACCCCGACCUUCCUUGGACUGAGCAACACUGCUGUCUUUGACAUAGUACCGAUAAUCAGGGAAGCACCAGCCAUCGUUGCUGCACCCACUGAGGAUCGCUUUGUGCACAAUGGAGCUCGUUUCUCCAUUACAUGUGCCGCCUUCGGUAGCCCCAGGCCAGAGGUGUGGCUUGGAUCGGCAGCUCUCGGAAUAGCCAAUUUUGAAGAUGUAAACAACCCUAUGAUCAACGUUUACACUGAAGAAAUCGACACCGGCGAUUUUGUGUUUUAUGUUGCAACCACGUUGGAGAUUUGUGGUACUGAAAAUGAUAUGGACUUUUAUAAUCGGUAUGUCGAACAAUAUGAGUGCUAUGCCUUCAAUGGUGUUGAGGCUAGCAACUCUUCAGUUGGAGUCGUGCAAUCUAUUGAGUUUAUUGCUCAGCCAUUUGUUCGGAUCCAGAGAUUUGAUAUUCAAUACUAUACUCAUCGAUUAGAAGUUGACAUAUAUUUUGAUGGACUCUACGAUCCGACCUUUGGUGGUUGCCCUAAUGACAAGCUCUCUUAUGCAAGUUCUAGCGACCCUGCUGCCCCUGACUAUCGUAGUUUCAGCCCCCGAGUUCCUGGUACCUGUUCGCAAAUAUCUGGAGGGAUAAAAAUUACAUGGGAUAAUCGCGACUUUCUCGGUUUCAUCGAAAACGAAUUUACUUCUGAUACCCAAAGUGUGUAUUUAUACACCAGAACUGAAGUCCCUUUUAGUUCAUUUAUUCCUGUUGAGCAGAUACCGAACACGGCUCCUCUUGUAAGCAGUAACUUUAAUGAUCGCACUCUCGAUGAUACUCAAUUCAAUAUAAUUGCAAUGGACAUCUACAGGACACCUUCAAUGAUGUCACUUUAUAUUCAUUUCGACGCUAUUGUUGACACACAGAGUUUUGAUCUUGUGGAUCGUGUUGACUAUCAUGUGACUCUUUCGAGUGCUGGUACUUCAGUGAACUUGAUUAGUCCUACUAUUAUAAGACAAUCUCCUAGAUUCGCAAAAUCAGUUCGUAUACAGAUCAGCACUACGAAUCGAAAUCAAUUGGCCGGGGUCUGUGUAAAUCGUGCAGAUUGUUCCCUUUCCUUCAGCAGAGGCCGGUUUGUUAACUCUCAUGCUGGAAGAAACACCAUUGGUCAACAAAACAGUGGUUAUAGUGUAGGUGCCAGAAAUAUAUGGUCCAUCAGUAACUUUGCUGGCUCAGUGUACAUGAAUCUAUUAGUCGCGUUUGUGGGUACUUCUUUUGAGAUUCCACUGACACCUGGCCAACCCUACUUGAUGAAUACUAAUCUUGACGAGACAAUCACAAGGGUUGACUGCCAUGGUGUGAACGAUACACACAUCAACCCGAAGAUGUAUUUCAACGGCCAACGUUUGGACGACCAAUCAGUGGAGGAUUAUAAAUGGCCUAUUGCAUCCACGUAUGAGAUCCCUUUGGGCCUGAUCACUGCCGGCCAAUUGGGACUGUUUACCUGCACCACUUACGAAGACUCUACUAACAUCUCACACAUUUUACACAGUCGAGAUCCCUAUGUCAACUUUCUGAACGGGAACGAGUACACAGUUGAGAUUUGGGAACCGAUUGUGAUCAGUUUCGCUUACUUAUUUAACGAAGUCAUCACCGGUAGUCCAUUCACCAUCACUCAAAACGGGAACCCACCCCCAUCCUUUGAAAACAGGUUUAAUUUUGUUGCAGACAAACCUUUCACAGCUCAAUUUAUUAUCGACCGGCCUAUAUUGUCGAGCCAAGGGGAAUACCAUAUCACUGUUACGAGAGGAACCGUGCAGACUCCUUUCCCAUUCACAAUCAAAGUCCUCACACCAAGAGUUUCCAUCUCACCAGCUGUCCAUACUUUCAUGCCCUACGAGAGUGUUGCCAACUUCAGUUGCCUGCCUAGCAACCUGGAUAUCCCUGUUUAUUGGACACGAUCUGACAACCCGGGUACAAUUGUAUCUCGAGAACGUAACUACCAGUUUGCCGUGUCCGGUGAAGCCUUGGAUGAGUUAGAGGGUGUCUCCUUCAAUUGCUUUGUGACCAAUCCUGACAGAGCAACUGACUUUAACUCGCUGCCCGUUGCAAGUGCAUCAUCGAUCUUCAGGAAUACUAAUGAUUCUUUGGGUAUGUUCAUGACUAAUAACACUGUUACUCGACGUACGGUGGUUUCCGAGGAAGUUAUUGUAGUCACAAGUCGCUUCAGCAAUUCGAUCAUCCUCGAAUGCCAGGGGCAUAUCGACUCCGGAGUGACUGAUCUCUAUUGGACAAUUAUUAGGGAGGGGGAUGAUCCUCUCGUUCCUGAGAGUGACUUCACUAACGACAAUUACACUGUUGCUUUGGGUGAUAAUUAUUUGAUGCUGACACUUACACAUUUGGAGGUUCCCUUUCGUGGAUCUGUAAGAUGCAACUCAAGAACUUCUGAUGAGGAGAUCAAUGUAUACUUUCAAGCUGAUGAACGGAUUGCCACUCGUUGUCAACAUGAAGUUGACCCAGUCUGGAAGAUCCAGUGGCGACCUGCCAAUAUCUCAGCUUUGGACGGUCAGCCCUGCCCAACAGUCAACGGGAGAGUUGCUACUGGUACCGCUAGCAGAAUGUGCACUUAUGGUGGCUUCUUGAGAGGGGGAGUCUGGGAAGAGGUGGAUGUCUCAGAGUGUCAAACAGACUUAGAGAAUGUCAUGGCUGAGUUGGAUCUGUUCCUUGAGGACGAUCAGUUCCUGGAUGACCUGAACUAUCGACUGCGCUCGAGUAAGCUCUCCAGGAUGCUCAACGAAGUAGUGGAGCCGGGUCUCGACUCUCUCUUCCCGCAAGACCUCAAGCGCAUCACCUCCGUAUUGUCUUGGCUUGUGUUCAGUGUCAUUGAAAAUCGCGAUCGGCUAUCACAAGUUCAUUUUGAUUCGUUUGAGACUUUUGACAGUUUGCUUCACGUGAACCAUACCGGAGGGUGGCUGCAACUGAGAGAUAGCGGAGACAAAGCAAGUGCCACUCUACUCAACUCGGCUUUGCUGUAUGCAGAUUACCUGUAUAACUCGUUGAAUUUAGUGCCUGGUCAAGCGAUGAUCUCAAGGGAGGGAGAUAACAUUGAAAUUCUGACAAAGAGACUACUGCCCUUGGUUCAUACUGAUCAAACCUUCGUCUAUGGAGAGCUGGAUAAUAACGGUUAUUCCAAAGUGUUCCUGAACAGUACCCUCCUUAACUAUCUGGAUCCAGAAGGAGUCAAGUUUUGGGGUUUCAAAAAUCUCAACAAUUUUAUGCCGCGAGAUCAGCCCGACUUCAACAUCAAUACAGAUGACAAAACAUUAUUUAAUAGGACUUAUACAAUCAUCGCAAGCAACCUGCUGUCCAUUCAGUUUACCUAUCCUGAUGGAUUCACCCCUCCCUUCACUUUACCAGCCGACUCUCUACCUAUGUUUACAUUCGAUACUCUGAGUACUGCUCGUGUGACGAAUCCACGGAUAGUGUUCUGGGAUAGCGCUGAGGAGGUGUGGUCUGAGGAUGGGGUGGAGUCAGAGUAUGUGGUGACAGACAAUGGAGAGUUUAAAACGUUUAGGGUGACAGGAGAAACCAAUCGUUCAAUGUCAUUUAACAAUACCUCUACUUUUGGUGUUGCCAUGGACGUCUACCCAUACGUAUUCACGUUCACGCUCCCAGUGUACAUUGGCUGUGGUGUCAUCCUUCUCGGAUGUUGUCUCUCCGUGUUCGUAAUGCUCCUAACUUGCUGCAUCGAUGGUGCGAGGAAGUUCUUCACUGUUGCGUUCUUCAUCCAUCUGAGUUUCUUUGUCUCUCUCAUCUGUGCGUUUGUGGCCUUCUUUGCUGGAGUGGAGACGGCCAUACAACACAGACUUGGUUGCAUCGCUACUGCCGGACUGCUCCACUAUUUCUUCACUGCCGCCUUCACCUGGCUCCUCUGUGAGGUCAUCUUGGUAUGGGGCUUCAAAAUAUCCUCUAGGAAAUGGCCAUUGAUAUUCUUGUUCUUUUUGAUUGGCUGGGGUAUUCCUGCGAUCCCCACGGCUAUUUCUCUGGGUCUUCAGCACACAUACUACGGCACUACCGCUCAGUGCUUCCUUAACUUUGACGGAGAUGUCAGCCAGAAUAUAGUCAUCGCUUUCUUGGCUCCAAAAAUCAUCCUAGUAGGAAUAAUCUUCAUUCUUCUCGUUGUCGCUGCCAUCGCCAAUUGCUACUUCGCCUACGAAAAGAUGAGUCUGGUCCAACCGCGUCACUUCAAACCCUACUCGUGCAUGCUGUGGUUCAUAUGGGUCUCUGUGAUCCUACUCACACUACUACUGAGUGCCCUCUGGUCUAUUACUAUGCUAAUGGUCAAUGGUAGUAUCAUACUACCAUUUACCAUUGCUGGUACUAUCAACAGUAUCAUUUUGGACAUGGACAUACAGACAAAUAUUGAAUGGGCCUUCCUGGGACUUUCAUGUGCACUGAGCUUGUACAUCUUCAUCUUCUGUGUGACCGUUCUUCUCGUCAACAGAAGAAUCGAGUACGAUGGGAAUCCCAUCUUUGAGAAGGAUGGAGCUCUACUGCCUGACUCCGGUGGCACCGACUACCGUAAUCUGGCCCCUCUCCCAGAGAAGCGUUUCUCCAGUCAGGGAAUGUCUCUGCCUGUAACCAUUGAAAAUCCAGUCUUUGGCUCGACUCAGGAAGAAGAUAGCUUUGAUGAUGAUGAUGAUGUUGAAGAGAAAGUAGAGACUCCCUGAACAUGAACACACGAUAAAAGACACGAAAGUAGUUUUAGAUUUCUUUAGUAGCAUGUAUAUUAUAGUGGCUAUACCGGCCGGAUAUAGCCUUAGCAUAACUUUAUAGUUAGGGUAGCUUAUUUUGGUGUACAGAUACCAACAUUAUGUAGUGCUUUUUUAUUAAAUUGGGUAGGUACGCGUGCCCGAAUGGA